UGGUUAUCUUUGAAUUGGAAAUAGAAUUGUGAUAAAUGUAUAUUCUGCAAAUUCUUGGGAAUUUUGAAGGCUAAUUCUUGAAAUGUUCAAAUACGGGUUAUAACAUGUGGUUCUAUGCUAUUGUUUUCCACCUAACUUCAAAAACCAAAAUGAUUGAUGCACAACGUUAUUUUUUAUUAUGUACUUGUGUCAGUUUUAGUAAGAGGGCAUUUAGUAUAUUAUUGUAAUGGAUAAUACCAUAUCAUGAAAUUGUUUCACAUAUGUAGUUAUGUUGAGAUCUUCAUUUAGUGUUAGAUUGGGUGUUUGGCUGGCUUUCAUUAUUAUCUAACUAUGAUUUAAAGUCAAAAUCACGUUCACGAUUACUUUUUACUUAUUAUCCACAUAUUCUGUGGGACCCAUUACCACUUUUCAUUAUAAUUUUUCCCAAACAAAUGCUAAGGCUUCCAUCUAUAUUGUAUAUUUGUAUUUCACUGGCAAGGUUCAUAAUUGUCUAUAUUUUACAGGGUUAUGUUAUCUACCGUGUUCGUGUGAGGCGAGGUGGUCGCAAGAGACCUGUCCCUAAGGGUAUUGUGUAUGGUAAGCCCACCAACCAGGGUGUUACCCAACUCAAAUUUCAGCGCAGCAAAAGGUCAGUUGCAGAAGAACGAGCUGGUAGGAAGUUGGGUGGUCUUAAGGUGCUGAACUCGUACUGGAUCAAUGAGGAUUCAACUUACAAGUACUUCGAGGUAAUAUUGGUUGAUGCUGCACACCAAGCCAUCCGUAAUGACCCAAGAAUCAACUGGAUCUGCAACCCUGUGCACAAGCACAGAGAGCUGCGUGGUCUCACUUCGGCAGGAAAGAAAUACAGAGGUCUGCGUGGAAAGGGACAUUUGAACCACAAGGCACGGCCUUCACGCAGAGCCACCUGGAAGAGGAACAACACCCUCUCUCUUCGCCGAUAUCGCUGAUUUUACUUGCUAUUUAGUCACUUUCUAUCUGGUUGUCUGGACUUGUUUACAUAUUUAAAGUUAGAACACUAGUUUGAAAUUUUGGUUCAAGAGACAUGAGUAUGAGGCGGAUCAUUUGAUGUUCAAUGCAAUUUAUUUAUGUUUGCUGCUUAUAAUUGGAUAA